AUGAGAAGCUACUUUAUUGAUUUGGAGACUGUGAAGACUGUUGUUUGGGAGUUGUUACUGCUGGUGGAUAAAGUCUGGUUCAAUUAUUUGAUGAGAAAUGGUGAUAAAUUUGACCGACUUGAUAUCUUAGAGGACAAUGUGAAUCUUUUUGACAAAUGGACCAACUCUCAUGGCUUUAUAGGAACAGCAUUUCCUUUCGUCACUGGCGUUGUCUUGGUCCGCGGUGCAAAGGGUAUAUGCUUAUACGAAGCCAAUUUCCUUUACCUUUAUAAGGAUUCGAUUCUUCUGCCGUUGCAGGUCAAACGUUUGGGAAGUAUGGGAAUGUUUAGAUCCAAGGGUUAUCAAACCUUUAUCAAACUCGAGGAACUAGAUGAUACUGAGCAGAAUGAAGAAAGUUACGUUUUAGACAGUUCCCACCAGCAAGGCAAAAAUCCUUUUACGGACCAGAGUUUGGCGAUGUACUCGAUGACGAAGGUUGACGUUCCCGAAUGUGUGAGCCGGUCGAUGCUUCAGCAGAUCACCCAGCUUGUGGCUGGAGUUGCAGCAGAUCAAGAGAAGGAGAUAAAUGUGUGUGAAAGACUUUGA